GAGCCGGAGUGGUAGGGUCCGCGCGGAGCCUCCCGGGCGGCGGUGGGGGAGGGGGGGAGGACUCCGCGCCCUGCGCACGCAUCAUGUUCCGCUACCAGUCCCUUGAGGAUUGUCCUCUGGAUGAGGAUGAAGAAGCCUUUCAAACCUUGGCUGAGGAAGAUGACGAUAUUGACCAGUUCAAUGAUGACACAUUUGGAGCUGGUGCAGUUGAUGAUGAUUGGCAGGAAGCGCAUGAACGACUGGCAGAGUUGGAAGAGAAGCCCACAUCCUCAGGAGAGCAAGAGGAUCAGACAGUCACGGAUGAGAUGGACCUCUUGGGAGACCAUGAAGAGAAUCUGGCAGAGAGGUUGAGCAAGCUGGUGAUUGAUAAUGAGCUGGAAGACCCAGCUAUCAUGCAGGCUGUGCAAACGCGCCCCCUGGUACAGCAGUCAGGUGGCCUCAACUCAAGUAUCUGGGAUGGCCCGUCUGUUCUCAGACGCAUUACAGGACCCCUUCUCACCCAGGAGGUCCCCUCUGUGUCAGUGCUGGAGUACGCCCUGCCACAGAGGACUCCACAGGCUCGAGAGGAGGAGGAGCGGGAUGUCUCGGAGCGUGCCCUGCCCAGGCGGUCAUCCUCACCAGUCAUUGGCAGCCCUCCUGUCAGAGCUGUUCCCAUUGGGACGCCUCCUAAGCAGCCCACCAUGCCCAACUUUAACCAGCAGAUCCUGUGUCCAAAGCCUGUUCAUAUCAGAGUCCCCAUUCAGCAGCGUUACCCAAGUCCCUUCAGUGACAGUAUGUCCCCGAACCAACUCUGCAAUGUCACGAACUCCUCCCUCCUGGGCCACCCGUUCCCUCCCAGCAUUACUCCUGUCCUCACCCACCUCCAGAGAGCUCAGCUGCUAGGAGGAGCACAGGCCGGCAGGAUGUCUCCCAGCCAGUUUGCCCGGAUCUCUGGACUUGUGAGCAACCCUCUCGCCUCUAUGGACCCCAAGCUGCUUCAGGGCCGGGGUGGGCAGAUGAUGCCUCCAGCCGGUGGGUUCCGUGCCUUCUUUGGGGCACAGCCUCCACCUGUCCCCCCACCGCAGCACCACCCUUCCCCGUGUCCUGGGGCCCACUUACAGAAUUUAAGACCUCAGCCGCAGAUGUUCAGGCCUGACACAACCCACCUUCACCCUCAGCACCGACGACUCUUACACCAGAGGCAGCAGCAGAACAGGAAUCAGCACCGAAGUCUAAACGGCUCAGCAGGGGACCGAGGGAGCCACCGGAAUAGCCACCAGGAGCGGAUACGAAAGGACCCAUAUGCCAAUCUCAUGCUGCAGCGGGAAAAGGACUGGGUGUCCAAGAUCCAGAUGAUGCAGCUACAGAGCACUGAUCCGUACCUGGAUGACUUCUAUUACCAGAAUUACUUUCAGAAGCUGGAAAAAAUGUCUGCAGCAGAGGAGAUGCAUGGUGAUGGUCCUAGGAAAGAGCGUACCAAACUAAUCACCCCCCAAGUGGCCAAGCUAGAACAUGCCUACAAGCCAGUGCAGUUUGAAGGCUCCCUGGGGAAGCUCACCGUCUCCAGUGUGAAUAAUCCCCGCAAAAUGAUUGAUGCUGUGGUGACACUACGAGGUGAAGAAGAUGAGACAAAAGAGAAGCAGGUUCGCGAUAAGAGGCGUCAGACUCUGUUUACUAUUGAGAAGACAUACAGCCUCCUUCUGGAUGUGGAGGAUUAUGAGAGGCGCUACCUCUUAAGCCUGGAGGGUGACAGGCUGGCUUUGAUGGAGGAGAGGAAGCAGAAGAUCUGUGACAUCUGUGACAAUCUAAGAGGGAAAAUGCCCAACCAGGAAAGGCUGAGUGAUGACCCUUUUGUGCAGAUCAUGUGUAUUCGGAAAGGAAAGCGUCUUGUUGCCCGGAUCCUCCCCUUCCUGUCCACGGAGCAAGCAGCGGACAUACUGAUGGCAACAGCCCGGAAUUUGCCCUUUCUAAUCAAGAAAGAUGCUCAAGAUGAGGUGCUACCGUGCCUAUUGAGGCCCUUCUCUCUCAUUCUCUAUCAUCUUCCACUGGGGACUGUUGCCAGCAUCCUGCAGCAGCUAAUGAACCUACCUCAGAGCGCAACAGUGUCAGCAUCUACCAAUCUGCACCUCACAGCUGUGCUCCAGAAUAAGUUUGGCCUCUCCCUGCUGUUUUUGGUUCUGAGCCGUGGGGAGGAAGUGCAGAGUGCCGAUUCUACUUCAGAGCUCGCACAGGACAACCAGUGGACAGAGCUGAUGUUCAUGGCAACCAGAGAGCUUCUCCGGAUCCCUCAGUCAGUCUUGGCCAAACCAGUGACUACCCCCUCUAAUCUUGUAUCUCUCUUCUCUCGCUAUGUUGAUCGGCAGAAGCUGAAUGUGCUAGAGACAAAGUUGCAGUUGAUUCAAGGAAUACGGUAGUGGGCCACAAAGCAUCACUGCUGGUUGCCAUUGUCGUUGACACUACUACAGUGUUUUGAGUGGGCGAAGAGGAGGCCGUGCCUUCUCAGAAUCAGUUCUUGUGGGACUGUGUCUCUGGUCUAACAGAGAAGAUCGCUCUCUUGCUCUGAGCUUGGCUGAGGCUGUGCUUUCCUUCUAUCCCUCAUUGCCAGUUUGCAGCUCUGCAUGUCCUUGCUACAUUGAAUUCACCCUCGGCCCUCCCUCCCCUCAGCAUUUUCAUGACAGCUGCUGUUCCUCCCCCAU